AUGAACUACAAAUAGUUGUAUGAAGAGAUGGUUGAAAAAUAUUAAUAAAUGGAAGAAGAAUAUAAUUAAUUUGUAGAAGAAAGUCAAUUAUUAGAAGAUUAAUAAUAAAAGAAUAUUGAAUCCUUAAGUAAAUAACUUGCUUAGGCAUAAAAUUCUCUUCUACAACAAAAAGAAGAAACCCAAAAAGCUAGAGUAAAUAUAUUAUUUAAUAUUAUUUAGUAUGAAUUGUAGUAAAUUUAAAAUCAAUUAGAAAAGUAAAUAAAUAAAAAGGAUGCACAAAUUGCUGAAUUAUAAAAAACACUCUAAACUUAUAAAAUGCAAAUUAUUGAUCUAGAAGUUGAUUAAGAUUUAAAUGAUAACAAAAUUAGGUAUUGUUUUCAAUUAUAUUAAGAUAGCUAGAAGAAUCAAAUAAAGAUUUAGAAGUGAAAUUAGAUAAGGUUCUCGAACAAUUAGCCUUAGCACAAACUGAUCUGGAAGCUAAUAAAUCAUCAUCAUAGGAAGAAAUUGAACGUCUAAAAUAAACUCUCAAAGGUAAAGAUAUAUAUAAAUAUUCAUAGAAAAUGAAGAUGAAUUAACUGCAGCCAAAUGCUUAAAAAUCAAUAUUACAACAACACCUGAAAUUGUAAAAAUGCCAAAAAUUGAUUCUUUAAGAGCUAAUGCUGCUGGAUUUAACAAAAGCUUAACUCUUAUUCAAGCCUUAAUUAAAGAUCUUGAUGAUAAAAUGUCUUUAAUAAGACAUCAAAAGUCAUGA